AUGAGUAACAGUGACCCAUCAAUGGAUAUCGAUGAAAAUGAUGAAAUUUUAUAUGAAAUCAAUGUUGAAGUCCACCAAACCAAACAAUCGAUAUACAUAUUUCAACAUCCGAUUCGACCUCAUUAUCGAAUAUAUGAUGAAAACUUAUUUACAAGUGCAAGAAUUAAAGAGAAAAACUCCCUUGUAGAAAUGGAUUUACUUGUUGAUACACAAUCACCAAAUUAUUCGUUAUCGAGAGGAAAACAAUUUGCUGAUACUACAAAUCAGGAAAAUAAGAGUCAACUUUUUAACAGCGAUCGCAUGGAUAAACAAACAAUUGCAUCAUCCAAUGCAUCUGAUGGUGAUCGUUAUUUUGUUGGGAUCUUUGAUAGUACAACUCGUAGUUUAACGCUCUGUCCAUUAAAAUCGAUCAUACAAUUUCGACCACAAUUUCCUUACCUUGAUGUGCCAUUAACUGCAACAAGUGGAUUAACGUCAAACAAAGAAACAAAUUUAAUUGAUGAUGAACACAUCAAUGCAAGUGAUGGCGAACAGUCUGGCAGUGAAAGUGAAGAAAAUAAACCAGACCCAGUCGGAAGUCUAGUAACAAUGAAAUUUGAAAAAAAAGAAAGUGAAUAUCAUAAAAAGAAACAUCUUCAAUCCUAUAACUAUUAUCGACAAACGCGUGACAGUGAACGUUGGCAAGAUCUUGUUUGUAUAAUGAAUUCUCAUUCGUUAGAUGCUCAACGUAUUCGUCAACAGUUGCUUUCAUCCGGAAAUCCAGUUACAGCAACCAACGAAAAUAACUAA